AUUGGUCUUAGGUUCGUUGUAAUCAUAUAAGCAAAACCACGUUGGGGGGCCACAAGACCUUCACAAUAUUCCUUCACCACAUUAAUAUUCCUUCGUUAUAAAAGAUGCCCAAGUCUAAACGUGAUAAGAAGAUUUCUCUGACACGAACUAAGAAAAAGGGGUUGGAAUUUAAGCAGAAUUUGGUAGAAGAGAUUCGCAGCUGCAUUGCCUCGUAUGCUCGCAUAUUUGUCUUCUCUGCUGAUCAUGUUAAAACAAACAAGUUAAAGGAUAUGCGUUUGGAAUGGGGACACAGCAGGUUCUUCCUUGGCAAAAAUAAAGUAAUGGCAUUGGCUUUGGGUCGUACACCAGAAGAAGAAAUUUAUGAUAACCUUCACAAAGUUUCCCAGAAACUUGUUGGACAGCGUGGUCUUUUAUUCACAAAUUCUUCAGAGGAGGAAGUGCUCGACUAUUUUGAGAACAAAAGGUACCCUGUCCAUCCACAUGCAGGGGAUUUGGCAGGAGAAACGGUCGAGUUGAAACAGGGUCUACUAGAACAGUUUUCUCAUUCUCUGGAGCCACAUCUGAGGAAGUUGGGGUUACCUACUAGACUGCAACGUGGAAUCCCAGAGCUUCUUAGAGACCACACAGUGUGUGUGAAAGGAAAGCCCCUAACACCAGCACAAGCCAGUAUUCUGAAACUGUUGGGAAAAGAAAUGUCAUUUUUCCAUCUCGGAAUGCAGUGGUGUUGGAGGCGACUGGAUGGUAGUUUUGAGAAACUUUUGACUCGUUCUGACCAAAGCAACACUGCGAGAGAAGAAGCUAGUGAAGAAGAAAAUGCUGAAAUGAAGAGUGAAGAUGAUAGUGAAUCUGAAGAAGAAAAUAAAUAAAUACAGUUUA